CCGGAAGAGAUUGGAAAGUUUCAUGCAACAUUUAUAAAUGUUUAAUAUUUCAGAUAAAAAUGUUUACGAACGGAUGAGAAAAUAGUAUUCGUUAUGGGAGGGAUGAAGCAGAGGAAUACAGGACGAUCUCUCAGAGAUCUGAAGAGAGAGAUUAGCGCCAGGUCGGAAUCCAACCAGGAAAAGAAACCUCAGGUUGUGCAGGAAGAGGAUGACAGCUGGUACCCGUCUUCCUAUACAUCCUGGAAGCUAGUGCUGUCUGCUCGUCUGUGUGCUGCUGUCUGGUCUGGAGUAUCCGACUGUGAUGAAACAUACAACUACUGGGAACCAACCCAUAAUCUUCUCUAUGGUCAGGGGAUGCAGACCUGGGAGUAUGAUCCUAGGUAUGCUCUUCGAUCCUACAUGUAUCUGAUGGUCCAUGCAGUUCCUGGUUGGAUCUACGCUAAACUUCUCCAACCCAACCCUAUGCUUGUUUUCUACUUUCUACGCUGCUUGCUUGGAGGAAUUUGUGCUUCAUGUGAGGUUUACUUCUAUCAGGGAGUUGUAAAGGAGUUUGGAAUUAAUGUUGGUAGAAUAACAUUAACCGUAUUGACCCUGUCCACUGGUAUGUUUAUCUCCAGCACCGCCUACCUCCCCUCCUCCACCUCGAUGUACCUGACCCUGCUUGCCUACGGAGCCUGGUUCCGCCAGGAGUACAGGGCAGCUAUUUUCGCCACAGCCCUCUCCGCCAUUCUCAGUUGGCCCUUUACAGUUCUCCUGGGAGUUCCCAUAGCCAUUGAUAUAGUUCUGUACCGAGGGAAGGUCAACAUGUUCCUGGGUUGGUCAGCUAUAUCAGCGGUCACCAUACUCGGACCAAUCAUGAUGUGUGAUACAUUCUACUAUGGGAAACCAGUCUUUGCAGCAUUCAACAUUGUUAUGUACAACGUGUUUACCUCCCAUGGUCCUGAUCUGUAUGGAACUGAACCUACAUCCUUCUACCUUAUUAACGGUAUCCUUAACUUCAACCUAAUUUUUCCAGCCGCUCUUCUCCUGGUCCUUGUUAGAGUAGGAGGACGUCUUCUCCUCGGAGAAAAAACUGUUUCUCUUCAGGGAGAACAUCUUCCGAUUCUUCUCUCACAGGCGGGUCUGUAUCUAUGGUUUCUAGUGUUCUGGCUCCAACCUCACAAGGAGGAGAGAUUUCUCUUUCCAGUAUAUCCUCUAAUAGCUCUAGCAGGAGCUAUCUCUAUAGACACAACACAGAGGAUUAUUCAUUCUCUACUCUCCACAUCCAAACAGUAUCUGAACCACACGCUCUGGAUCUCCGGGUCCUCUCUUCUUCUCUUCGGAAUUAUAUCCUUACUACGGAUUACUGCAUUGUAUCAGCACUACCAGGGAUCUACUGAUGUAUGGAUGAAUGUUGCUCAGUUAGAAGUGUCCCAGCAUACGACUCAUGUAUGUGUUGGGAAGGAGUGGCAUAGAUUUCCUUCAUCCUUCUUCCUUCCUUCAACUUCAUUCAAGAUUGAGUUUCUAAAAUCCGAGUUCAGGGGACAACUGCCGAAGUAUUACGAGAGUACAGAGAAGGGACUCCUCCCGACUAGGGUUUAUCAUGAUGAUUUUAACGAUCAAAAUAUGGAAGAACCCUCGAGAUAUUUCACAAAUCCAGGAAAAUGUCAUUAUUUAGUUGACCUGGACAACGACGAGGUAACUGACCGACAGCCGAGGUAUGCUGGACAUGAAAACUGGACUGAGGUUUCUAGUUUCAGUUUCUUGGAUCCCGGAGCUUCACAUCCGUUCUUCAGAGCUUUCUAUAUUCCUUUCAUAGACUCAUACUUCUGCAAGUAUAACAAGUAUCUUCUCCUCAAGAGGAACCUAGUUCACGACAUGAACUAAUCUUAUCAUUUAUUAAAAUAUAUCUGGAGUAAAUUUCUCAAAUAGGAUUUAAAAUCCUGUUGGGUGAAAACUAAGUAUCGAGCUUGAAAUUAUGUAUAAAGUGAAGGAUGUGCUAAAGGGGCUGAAAGCGUAAUGACCCACAACGGAUAUUUUUAUCCUGAUCGAGAUGUGGAAGAAAAUGUCGUUUUUUAAUUGUAGAAAUGCUCAAAUCAUUUUUGUAGAGAACCCACAAUUGAAAAUAAUCAGUUUUCUAAAUUAUUAAAUCAUACUUAUCAUUGCCAUCUGUGCAUGGGGGGGUCAAUUAUAAUUACGCUUACAGCCCCUUUAACUAAAAUGUGGCAUUUAUUUGAAUUAGAAAAUCUAGCGGGACGUAUACAGAAUAUUGUUAAGCCUGGAUUCUCUUCAAUACGGAGUUGUUAACAAACGAAACAAAUUGUAAGCAGUAGAUUUAGACUUCAAUUUCAUGUGAAACAGAGAUGUGGAGAUUUACUCCAUAUAUUUGUUUUGUCACUUUCACCCUAGGUCGAUCCUAGUCAUGUAUGUUGUUUAUUGUUAAACGUUUUUUUUAUCAAGGGAUCAAAUAUCAACUUGUGUGAAAGUGGAAAUUGACAACAAUUGCACUACUUCUACACUUUCCAGUGACGUUUAGGAGGUCUUUUAAUAUUAAUUGUAAGCAAUAUUAAAGUUAUAUUUGUGAAUCUUUAUAUUAGUGUUCUGUCUUUACUGUAUUAACUGAUGUGACUUCAGCAAGAGCUGUUAGCUGUUAGAACUGUUAAAUAGAAAGACGACAGAACAGCAAUCGAAGUGUAUUUUAUGUUGCUUUAAAACAAAUUGUUGUUCUAGUAGCUUAAAUCCCCAAUUGAGUAAAAUGGGUCUGUGCACACUGUGUACAGUGUACACUGUACAAUUGCUGUGUUUCAUGCUCAUUAACCCAUUUAGAAUUAUUCCACAGUUUUCUGGUUCUCACUGUAUUUACUAAAAUGAAAUGUUUAAUAUAGAAAAGACUGUUCGGUAAACUAUUGUUUAUCACUGGAAAAUUUAUUUUUUACAUGUUAGGAAUGUAUAUAAUUUGUGGUAGUUUUUUCAAUAAAUGUUGUGAUUUCUGUUUUA